UAUAGUUUUGUCACAGAAUCUUGCAAGCUUUAGCAUGAAAGACUUUGUGUUACUAGCUCUUGCUCUCUCAUUCUUCCUAUCCUGUGGAGUUACCUAUGGAAAAUAUGUGAAAGUGUCUAUUUGCAAAAAUGUUUCUGAGAGUUGCUUGUAUCAAUAUCAUGCUCAAAUGGAGUUAGGCAAAGGAGAACAAAUCUCCAUAUCUGCAAAAGUGGAUAUCUCUUGUGAAUCAGUUGGUACAUUUAACAAUGAACUAUCAAUUCGUUCUUGCAUGCAAGUCAGAGACAGUGUCAUCACAAAAACCAGUGAAGAUAGCAACAAUGAUCCAGUUCCAGUGGAAAACUUGGAUAGAUGGUUCUGCUUUGCUCAAAGUACAUCAAGUGGUAAAGUAUUGGGUGUGUUUUAUGGUAAAGGAGAGGAAGAAUGGGUGAUCAACUUUAAGAAAAGUAUCACUAGUGCUUUUCAAGCUAACUAUGAGGGAACAGCAGUUACUAAUGAAACUGAUUCAAAAUCAAAGCACACCUCACAUUACAAGUUAGUAUAAUGUGGUAUCAUG